GUCAGUGGUGGAACGAUUCAAAUCUUGAUACCCUCUCCCUCGUAAGGUGCCUUCCCAAGUGAAGCGAUAGCCAUUCUGUAGCUGCAGAUCUCUCCCGGGGCUCCUUCGUGGCGGCGUCUUCCCUGAUCCGGGAGGCUCGGGGGUCUUUGCUCAACGUGAUCCGAGAUCGGUAGGUCAACGUACGAGAUGAGUUUUUUUGCGCUUGGGUUAUUGAUUUGGGGCCACCCUUUCUUUCGCAUCUGGUUCUUCUUCCGAUCCAUAGAUUUCCGCUGAGAUCAAGUGCGAUUUCUCCCCUUGGUUUUCGAUUUAUAUUCGUUUGGGUAAAAUUUUGAUGCGGAAGGCGAAAACUUCUAGCCGAUUUGUUCUUAUUUUUCGUGUUGAUGUGGAAAGAUUAGAACUUUAGCUCGCUUCUUUUUGUGGUCGUCAAUCGUCGCAAGUAUAAGGGCAUUCUCCCUCUUUCCCUUUCUUAUCCACUUGAAACAAGCACCACGGCGUGCACUGGCCAUCCAGUCGUCUCCCUUUCUCCGCAAGAAAGAGUGUAGAUCGGAGAUGCUUCCAUGCACCAGUGCACUGCCCUCCUCGACCUCCAUCUGCAAGUUCAUCUCUGACCACACCCUUCUUUCAAUGCUCGAGACCAAAUGCAACAGCAUGAGGGACCUCCACCGGCUCCACUCCCAGCUCAUCAAGACUGGCUUGGCCAGAGACCACAUCGCCAUCAGCAGAGUUCUUGCCUUCUGUGCCACCUCCCCCAAUGGCGAUCUCAACUACGCCAUGCGCCUCUUCUUCCACCACCACCAGCCUAAUGCCUUCAUGUACAACACCCUCAUCAGGGGCCUCUCCCACAGCUCAACCCCACACUUAGCCAUAUCCCUCUUCCUUGACAUGCUGCACUCGCCCAUUCCGCCACAAAGACUCACUUUCCCGUCGCUCUUUAUAGCCUGUUCCCAUCUCGGGCUCGCCGCCCACUGUGGAGCUCAGCUCCACGGCAUGGCCUUCAAGCUCGGGCACGCGUCCGAUCCCUACGUACGCAACUCCAUGCUCUCCAUGUACGCCAAUUGCGGCUGUAUAAGCAUGUCGUCGCGGUUGUUCGACGAAUGCUCGAGCUUCGACGUGGUGUGUUGGAACUCCAUGAUCACUGGCCUGGCGAAGAACAGGCAAAUCGACAAGUCCAGAUACUUGUUCGAUGAAAUGCCUAUGAGAAACCUAGUGUCAUGGAGCGCCAUGAUCAGUGGGUAUGUCAGGAGCGGAAGGAACGACGAGGCACUGCACCUCUUCUACCGAAUGCAAGAGGAAGGGCUGAAGCCAAAUGCCAACAUUUUGGUCAGCUUGUUGGGUGCAUGUGGCAGUUUAGGAGCUCUGGAUCAAGGAGAAUGGAUUCACCAAUACAUCAGAAGGAAUGAUGAGUUUGUGCUUGAUCCAAUAGUAACCACAGCUAUCAUAGACAUGUACUGCAAGUGCGGUAGCAUAAACAAAGCUCUCGAGGUGUUCGAGAACAGCUCGACGAAAGGGUUAUCAUCAUGGAACUCUAUGAUCCAUGGCCUGGCAAUGCACGGGCACUCGGAAGCAGCAACUCGGCUGUUCUCAAGACUCGAGUCCUCGAACUUGAGACCCGACGAUGUUACCUUUCUUAACAUCCUCACAUCUUGUAGUCAUGCAGGCUCGGUAGACGAAGCAUGGCACUACUUGUCGCUAAUGAUCGAUGAGUAUGGCAUCGAGCCUGGAACCGAGCAUUACGGUUGCAUGGUUGAUGUGUUAGGUCGAGCUGGACUCAUCGAAGAGGCCGAGGAACUGAUGCGAAGGAUGCCUAUGGAACCCGACUCUGUUAUGUGGGGUUCAUUGCUUUCAGCCGGUAGGGUUUACGGGGACGACGACGCGAGCAGGCGAGCAGGAAGACAGGUGAUACAGUUGGAUCAUUUGGAUAGUGGUGGUUAUGUGGUUCUGUCGAACGUGUUUGCAGGUGCAGGCGACGUCGGCAAUGCCAAUGAGGCAAGAACAAGGAUGAAGGAGAGAGGGGUGAGAAAGGAAACAGGGUGUAGUAUGAUUGAGGUUAAUGGUGUUGCUCAUGAGUUUGUGGCUGGUGGAGUGCUGCAUCCUGAGGCCGAACAAGUUUAUGAAACAUUGGAAAGAUUGGGUCUGGAGUUACGGGGACAGUACAACAUGGAACUUGGAAUUCUGGACACGCUAGAAUAAGAUUGCUCAUGGGUGAGUCUAAUGAUUUGAAAAUUAGAAUCAUUUACUAAAAGCAUUGAUGGA